CCGGAAACAAAAAUCCUCUAUAUAUACUCUAAGGACUUCCCUUGGACCAGAAUCAAACCAAAUCUCAUCAUUACUUGCACCAAUACAUUUACACACACACACACAAACGUUCAGUAAUAUCAAUGGAGAAGAUAUCACAUUUGUUAGAAGACAAGCCAGUGGUGAUAUUCAGCAUGACUUCAUGUUGUAUGAGCCAUACGAUCAAGUCUCUUAUCUCUGGCUACGGUGCGAAUCCAACGGUAUACGAACUAGAUGAGAUGUCUAAUGGAUCGGAGAUUGAACGAGCACUGGUUCAGCUUGGGUGCAACCCGACCGUGCCUGCUGUCUUUAUAGGGCAACAACUCAUAGGUGGUGCAAAUCAGCUUAUGUCUCUUCAAGUCAGGAACCAGUUAGGCUCGGUGCUCAGAAGAGCUGGAGCCAUAUGGAUUUAAGAGGCGCCUUAAUCGUAAUUAAGCGCUUAAUGUUCUUACUUAUAUGUUUUCUAGUAUAGAGUAUGAUCAGCGUUUGAAGCAUAAUAAAUAGUAUUACUAUAAAAGGUUAAUGUCACUUUUUAUAAAAGAAAAGUUACCUAAAAUAAAGUAAAAAUAAUUCGAUUUAAUUCACUGGUGUAAUGCAAUAGCAAUUGUUAAGAAACAAGAUCGUAUUUGCAUAAUAAGUAUUUACCGG